AUGAAUGACGGUACACUCGUCAUUCGUGGAAAGAAGGUUCCAUCGCGAAAUGUAGGCGGUGUUGGUUCUGUUGUGCACCCAUCUGUCGUCCACCUUGUCGAUUCUAACGAGAUCCUGUCACCUCGUCUGGCCAUUCUUCACCUCCGCCCUCUGCGCCAAAAACCCAUCAGUAUCAUCAACUGCUACUCACCAUCAUCAGCAGCUGAUGAAUCUGAAUUGGACGCGUUUUACGAGGAGUUGGAAGAGGUAAUCCGCAACAAGAAGUCCUUCUAUAAAUUCGUUGUCGGAGACUUCAACGCAAAACUAGGAAAGGACACAGAGGAGGAAUACAGGAUUGGAAGAUUUGGACUAGGGGACCGAAAUGAAAAUGGCAAUCGUUUCGCCGGGCUGUUGUCCGCCGCUCGCCUCUUUCAUGGGAACUCUCUUUUCAUGAAAAAAGAUCGUCGUCGGUGGACAUGA